AUGGUUCUCGAGGCUGUUAUGGUGGUGGUGGACAACAGCGAAAGCAGCCGAAAUGGAGACUACCAACCAACCAGAUUCGACUCACAAGUGGACGCCGUAAACGUGCUGUUCCAAAGCAUUACUCAGGGCAACCCAGAGUCAUCUGUCGGCCUGAUGAGCAUGGGUGGGAAAGGCCCGGAAGUGCUCGUCACCCUCACCACAGAGCAGGGCAAGAUCCUCGAAGGCCUGCACAGGACAAAGAAGAAGAUUGGUGGAUCGUCUCACCUAAAGACGGGUAUCCAAAUUGCGACGCUCGCCCUCAAGCACCGACAGAACCGAUCCCAGCGCCAACGAAUAAUAGCAUUUGUUUGCUCCCCCGUCGAAGAUCAAGAGAAGGAGCUAGUACAGCUAGCUAAGAAGAUGAAGAAGGGCAACAUUUCUGUCGAUUUCGUUCUGUUUGGCGACCUCGACGAUGAUGCCACGCAGAAGAAGCUGCAAGCAUUCAACGAGGCCGUCAAGGGCAAUGAGGGUUCACACUUGGUCGUCAUCCCGCCUAGCAGCAAGCUGUUGAGUGACCAGCUGAUCUCCACACCCAUUAUGCUUGGCGAAGGGGCUGGAGCGGGCGCUGGUGGUGCUGGAGGCAACGACGAGUUCGAAUUUGGAUUUGACCCGGCGAUUGAACCCGAGCUGGCUCUUGCUCUGCGCAUGAGUAUGGAGGAAGAGAAGGCCAGACAAGAGAAGUUGGCAAAGGAACAGGAAGAAGAGGCAAAGAAGGCAUCGCUAGAAAGUGUCAAAGAGGAGAACGAAGGCAGUGGCAGUGGAGGCAGUGCGGACAAGGAUAAGGACCGCGGUGAUAAGAUGGAUACUUCUUAA